AACAGCAACAGCAACAGCAACAGCAACAGCAACAGCAACAGCAACAGCAACAGCAACAGCAACAGCAACAGCAACACUCCCCCCCUCCCACGUGAGCACACAUCUCUGCGGUCAGGGUACGUGUCCUUGUGCCCUUGUGUCCUUGUAGCCUUACUCAGUAUAUCGUCACCUGGCUGGGGCCGUGGGCUGCCUGCCUGCCUGUGGUUCUUAUCGCCCACGUCUCCUUUUCGGCGAGGCAAGCGAGAAGCCCCUGACAUAGGCGCCCCGUACGGUUGCAUGCCCCGAUGCGUCCCACCCCCUCGCCGCCCCACGCAAAUUCUCACAAACCUGUGGGCCUGCGCAUGCAUCCGCCCUCCAGAUGGGUUCACCUCUUUCUCCCCGUGUCCCCAAAAAGUCUCUGACACCUCCCGAGAGAUUCGGAUCGUCGCCGCGCCCGCCCAUCUCCUUCCCCCCCCCCUCAGAAACUGGCCCUCUCUGCUGCUCCCGGCACCGCGCUGCAAAACGACCACACUGCCAGACUGCCAGCGCCGCCGUCGACGGCAUAUCCAGCCAAAAAUGGGCUGCUAGCACGACCGCUGCCUUUCCAACCCUAUCGCUCUGUUUUGUUUUGGUCUUUCUUCUCUGUUUUAUUUUUUUCUUCUUCUCUUUUUGGGGGGGUUUGUUUCUUAGUCUAACAUCUAUCUACCAACCUGUUGUUCUCUCCGUCACUCCUCGCGGUCAGCCUCCCCCGGCCAGGAAAACUAGCUACCUCGUUCUCUUUACUCUUUUCUGCUCUUUGGGAACCGCUCUAUAUUGUAGCCAGUCCCUCGGCCGGACUCAUCCGCCAACCCUGCGCUGCUUGUCUUCGUAUUGCUACUACUGUCCCUACCAGAGUAGGGUAAUUGUAAUAUUUAAAUAUGGUUUCCUUCUUCGGACUCAAAUUCGGGGCCGACAAGAAGAGGAAAGAGGUGGAGGCCUUACAGCCACCCCCUCCGCCACCACAAUGGAAGAAUGACCGGACCGAGGUGCUCCUUCAAUGCUCUGGCCUGUUGAGCACAAAUCCCAGCAGGCCCGGCACUGCGCACAGUUCGCGCAGCAGCGCGCGAAGGCCCUUCGCCGCCGGUGAGAAUCGCAACUCUGCGGCCAACAGCAUCUGGGACUUCCACGAGACAGAAUUUAGAGGCCUGGGCACCGGCCGGGUCGCGAGCUUUGCUAGUAUCAGCGCCGGCUCUGGCCCCUUCAUACCUGGUCACGGCCUCAAGUCUUUCGGCUCCGAGACGAACCUGCAGUUGAGCCUAGGUGCAAGAAACGGCUCCUCGACCAGCCUCGCUGCGCCCAGGUUACCCUUCGGACGUGGCGGUGGCGGCGCUGUUGGUCCCAGGCCGGGGAGCGCACACUCGAUGCGUAACGGCCGCGAGAGGCCGUGGAUAAGCCCGGUCGACACCAGCCCCGUCAAGGAGUCGACGCCCGGCAUCGCCGGCCCACAGAGGAGCCCGCUUGGCCAGCUGGAGCUCAUGUCGCCCGUGCGGAGUGACAGCGAGUCGCUCCUCGGCGAAGACCCCGAGAAGUUCGCCCAGGACAUUAGCGACAGGGUCACGCAGGAAGAGAAGAUGGCACGGAUGAGGAAUGAGCUUGAGGAGAGGAGGAGGAUCCAGGCAGAGCUGGAGGCAACGGCAAGGAGGAACUCGGAAGCCUCAAGGCCCAAGACAGCUGGAGCAUAUCCGUCGCCGCCCGCCUCUGUCACGAGUGACUAUAUCGUACCCCCUGCGUUGGUACCCGGGCAGAGAUCAGGCUCUUUCGCAGGAGCAGCCGCGAGGGAGGUGAGGCCGGCGAGCAGCGGUCGGGACAACCCGAGCAGCCACCAAAAGCCGGCGCCAGGACCGCGCAUGCAGGAUUCGGCAGCCGGCAGCAUGAUGUCUAUCAGCAGGGGGCGGCAGCCUAGUGUGGAAGGGCCGCAGCCCUCCUCCUCGCGGUCCCCACUCGCAAGCGUCGCACCAGUCGUGGAAGACAGGUCGGCCAUCAGGGCCCGGAGUCAGACCGCCGAUGAACUCUCGCCAGUGUCUUCGCGACCGAGGGCACAGCCAUCACGCGAGCCGUUGCGGGGCGCCACAGUCCCUGCGGCCAUGUCCCAGCGCUCGCCGCUGUUCCAGCAGUCGAGCCCCUUUGACAUCCACGAGGCGGACGGCCCCGGUGGGAGCGAAGACGGGGACGAGCAGCCGCCAAAGAUCGACUACCGAGCCGCCAACGCGCCGUAUGGGAUACCGUCCCCACCACUUUCUAAUCGGCAGCGCACGAGCGAGGAGGCCGAGAGUCGUCCCGUGAUCAGGAGCGUGAUGGCCAAGCGUGAUACUAUGGUCGUCGGCGGCCCUCCGCGCCAGAGCCUGGGCCUGCAAAUUGACGAGUUGGAGAAGACUCUGCAGCAGGCACAGACCAUGGCAGCGCUUGAGAAGGGCCCGAGUGCCAGGUCUGUCUCCCGUAGUCGUGGUGACAGCGACGGCGGCAGCAGCAACUACUCCGACAUCUCGGAGUCGCCAAUGACCAUCGAGCCGCCCCUCGUCUCGCCAAAGCCGUUCCCGCUCACGCCGAGACCAACGACUCCCGGCGCGAGGUCGAACUCGUAUUCUAGAGACGUCCUCCAACCGACCGGGCGCACUCUGGGGGCAAGGUGGGAAAUCCAGCCCGGCAGCGUCGGCUCAACCACGCCUACGUCUGGGAAGCAGGCUGACCAGAUUCGAGAAGACACGAGGGAUUCACCCGCAAGUAGGACCCGUCCAACGGGCGCCCCGCCGGUAAAACGACCCACGGUGGAUGAAUACGGCAACGUGAGGGUCAACGCGGUCGCUUCGAUGGCGAACCGCAUCCACAGGCCCAGUCCGGACGAGUACGGGGUCCAAAUCAAGCGGACAGAGAGCCCAUUCCGGACAGAGAGCCCGAUACUCAAGGAGGUCCGGAAGAUGUCUGGCACAGAUACAUCGUCAGACGGGCUCAGUAGCAAUGACACGUCCCGAUCAAACAGCCCCCUUCCGAGCCACAGCCACAGCGUCUUCUCGCCGCCGCCACCAGCGAAGCGCGCAUUUCCACCAAGGUGCGACCACGGUCCGGCCCCGACCGCCCCUCCGACGACGCCCCUCCCGAUCCCCGAGAAAAGCGCCCGUCGCAGGAAGGCCCCGGAUACGCCGGGUUGCCACCCGCAGGAGAAGACGAUAGCAAUGCAGAGCCCCGCAUCGACGCCCCUGUCAAGAUCCCCGGGCCUUGCCUCGUCGGCUAGCAUCAUACCCGACCUGGCUAGCAACCCCAACUGGCCCCUACCGGCUCCAGACGCCCCCGCAUCGAGGCCUGUAGUGACAGCCGACGGCGGCUUCGGGGCGCGUCGCUCUCUGCUGCGCGACAAAAGGUCCGCGCCUGCGCCGCUCAAUAUCGCGGCAACGAGAUUCGCGGAAGACACGGGGGGGCCGUGGACACCCGGCAACGCCGGCUCGGAAAGUCGGCCCAAGACGGCAGGCGGCGAGCGCAAAGGCUCGCUGAUCAGGGUCGACAUGGAGUUCGAGUGGAAGGAGGAAUACUCGACCAACAGCCUCAGCAGACAGCAGCAACAGCCGGCAUACCAGGUCUCGUCGCAAGCGGCGGCGGGAGACGGCGGCAGCAAGGCCGAGGCCAUCGGCAUGGCGCGGGGCCUGUCUCUCAAAUACGACCAGGAGCGGGAGCAGCAGAAACGGGGAAGGGCCAAGGAGCGAAUGAAGCUGAUGCGGGCGUGGACUAUCGACGAAACGGCCACGUCGCCAACAUCGCCCGACGCCGCCCUGGCCCCAGGACAGCCGCCCCAUAGGACGACGGGGGCCACGGACGAGGCUGCGGCGAGGUUCAUAUAGAGGACAGGUGCUUUUUCCAUGCAUGGCCGGUGUUGAGUGUUUCCACUUGUAGGUCUACAUUACGUGGGUGGACCGAGGUCCUACAAUUGGUUCGUUAUUUCUGGGUAGAUACCAUUACCAGCAAGUUACUAUUGAUGUUGGUAUGUGUUUGAUUGUUGUGGGCGUUUAUGAUCAGAUGGUUUGUGGUGCAUACAGGCAUGUUUCCUCCUUUCUCUGUUUUGCUAAUCUGAAACGGCAUGCCUGCAAAAAUAGGACAACAGUGUCCUAAUGUUGGUCUUGUAUACCCUUGCAUGUUGGGAGAAUACUUUGUUUCUGUUCAUAUGUUUGGACGUGUUGAUAAAUUUUGGCCUGCUUGACAGGGGUUGUCAAGUUCCCCGGGGAGCAUGUGAGAGGAGGUGGAGUUGAGUUUCUAAAACGGUGGGGUGAGCAUACAUGCUAGCGAAGGAAACACCAGGAAAGCGCCGCGUUGAGAAGCCCAGUGUUUAAUAAUUGCGGUGUGGUAAAGUUGUAUGCCAUGCUCGCGCAUGGUGAUUGUGUGAUGCCAAGUAUCUCAGUCUAGCAUACCUGCAGUGGCUUGUCCCUCCAUGGUGCAAAGGUUUUCGAUAAUGGUGGUUGGAGCAGCAAAUGGAGUCCAAUGAGGCACUACCCUACAGAGACAUGCAUAGAUAUCUCUUCAUUUGAAGUCAGAUUAGAGAACACGUUGUGUUAUGUUGACAA